AUGGCCGCACCUACGUCUCGGCCUCUUGAGUACCUUGAGGGUCUGCCAGGUACAACAUUUUUGCAGCUGUACACGCAACCAUCUACCGCACUCGCCAUUUUCCGGCGCAUGCUGCCUGAUCUGGCAAAAUGUUUUGUGAUGGCACUUCUUUAUUUGAAGGACCCCCUUCCGACGGCUGACCUGGAGAUUUGGGUCAAGACAGAAAGCAAGAAACAGCGCGACAAUGCUUUGUCGAUCCUAGGCCGACUUCACAUUCUGUCCACUACCCGUACCGAAGAUAAUGCUCGGGCUUACAUGGUCACCAACCCGUUCGCGUCAUCGCUGCGUCAAGCUCUCACCGGCUCCGAGGACGCUCAGUCCUUCGGUGUCUUUUCCCAAAUCAGCGACGAAAGUAAAGUUUCAAUUGCCGACUUGGACGAAUAUGGUCGACAACAAUGGGAAGGUGUCUUGGGUUACAUGGUCGGGACAAGUGCUCUCACAGGGAAUCGUGAUGUAGUGAAUUUGAGCAAAGGUGUGAAGCAACUACUCCAAGCUGGAAAUCUGGUCGAAAUCAGAGGCGGACGUGUGGACAUUACAAAGGAUGGAUUUGGCUUUGUGCUACAAGAUGUCAACACCCAGGUCUGGCACAUUAUGAUUCUCUAUGUGGAAAGUGCCCAUUCUCUCGGCAUGGACAGCGUCGAAGUGCUUUCGUUCUUGUUCUUGCUCAGCAGUCUGGAACUGGGUCAAUCUUACGAGAAGACAGGAUUGUCGAACACCCAACUCCGCACUCUAACCGACCUGGCGGACUUUGGUAUCGUCUACCAGGAAAGUCCCGAAGCAACACGUUUCUAUCCUACACGCCUUGCCACAACAUUGACUUCUGAUUCAAGCGCACUUGGAACUUCAGGUACCGGCUCUUUAGCUGGACCUGAUAGUCAGCCAGGUGGCUCAGGAUUCAUUAUAAUCGAGACCAACUACCGUCUCUACGCAUAUACUUCAUCCCCUCUUCAGAUCUCUCUGCUAUCGCUAUUUACGAACCUGAAGUACCGCUUCCCUAACCUGGUGACGGGAAAGGUCACCCGUCAAUCAGUGAGGCGGGCCAUUGAGAUAGGUAUUACAGCCGAGCAGAUUAUCUCAUAUCUGCAUUCGCAUGCCCACCCUCAGCUGCGCAAGCACAAUGCCGGUCAACCUACAACCGGCACAUCCGUUCAACCUUCAGUGCUCCCACCUACCGUGACCGACCAGAUUCGCCUCUGGCAGCUGGAGCGUGAUCGUCUCAGGGCCACAGCAGGCUUCUUGUUCAAGGACUUCACUAGCUCAGCUGAAUACGAUGCCCCCUGCAGAUAUGCUGCAGAGAUUGGUGUCCUGGUCUGGAAAUCCGACAAGAAGCGUAUGUUCUUCGUAUCGCGACACGAACAGGUUGCUGCCUUUCUUAGGCAGCGGAGAUAA